CAGUAUGUAAGGUUGAGUAGUUUUGAUACGAAACCAGAACAAGUUUUACAACUCCUACAGAAAAACUGGGGAUUAGAUCUUCCCAAAUUACUAAUUACUGUUCAUGGAGGCAUUUUAAACUUUGAUAUACAACCAAAGUUAAAGCGAGUUUUUAGAAAAGGUUUAUUGAAAGCUGCUAAAACAACUGGUGCCUGGAUUGUAACUGGUGGUACCAAUACAGGUGUAACUCGUCAUGUAGGAGAUGCUAUCAGUGAUCGCACAACGAAAGCUAAAAAUAAAGUGGUAGCUAUUGGUAUAUCACCAUGGGGAGUGGUAGAAAAUAGAGAUGAUCUCAUUGGUCGAGAUAUUGUGGUACCAUACCACUGUGUGUCAUCAGGGAAAAGUAACUCUGCCGUCCUUAAUAGUAAUCAUUCAUACUUUAUGUUGGUUGAUAAUGGCACAGUUGGCAAGUAUGGUGGAGAUAUUCUCUUCAGAAAAAAACUGGAAAAAUUCAUUUGUCAACAAACAAUUUCUAGUGGUUUUAAAGGUCGAGGCGUACCUGUGAUAUGUGUUGUAUUAGAGGGCGGGGCUAAUACUAUACGUUCAGUAUUAGAAUAUGUAACAGACACGCCCCCUGUUCCUGUCGUUGUAUGUGAUGGGAGUGGCAGGGCAGCAGAUUUAUUGGCAUUUAGUCAUAAAUAUACCAGUGAUGAUGGCACCAUGCCAGAAAGUUUAAGAGAUCAGUUGAUUUUAACGAUACAGAAAACUUUCCAAUAUUCUCUAGAACAAGCUGAAAAACUCUUUAUAGAAUUAAUGUUAUGUGUCAAGAAGAAGGAAUUGAUCACUGUAUUUAGAAUGGGAGAAGGCAGUCAAGAUAUAGAUCUUGCUAUUCUCACAGCUUUAUUAAAAGGUUUAAAUCUAAUUCUGCUUAAUAUUGCUGAAUUGGGUAGCUCUGCCAAGGUGUGUUUUAUAUUAUAUCAGCUAUGGUUAUUGGAAGGGUCAUUAGAACAAGCUAUGAUGGAUGCUCUAAUUAAUGAUAGAGUUGAUUUUGUAAAGUUAUUAUUAGAAAAUGGUGUCAGUAUGCAUACCUUUCUUACUAUACCACGUCUAGAAGAGCUUUAUAAUACUGUAAGUCAACUUUUUAUAUUAUUCUUUCAUUUCAAAGUUUUCUUCAUUAGCCCACAAGGUGCAGAAUAG